AUGGCUAGCUCGAGUACAGAGGGACUUCUCCCAGCUGAUGGAAACUUAACGAGUUACGAUCAGCGCGAGGAUGGUAAUAUGAUGGAGAUGGUGGAAGUCGUGGUGGAUAGGGCGAAGAAUGAAUUGAAUGAAACUGGACGGAACAUUCUCGCGGACGUCAGUCAAUCUGUAGAUGAUUCUCUCGAGCAAGUCAAUCAAGCUAAAGAUGACACUCUCGCUCAAGUCAAUCGAGUUAGAGAUGACACUCUCAUGCAAGUGAAUCGAGCUGCCCAGGCUGUCCAAGCUGUCCAAGCUGCACAACCCGUGCAACCGGUGCAAGCACAGGCAGCACAACCAGCGAUAUGUGCAUGUGUGCAGAAUAACACCUGUCCGUGCAAAGGGACAUUCUCUUUCUCCAGGUAA